AUGCAGUCCUUAAUGGUCCUUGGUUUUCUCUUCGGCAUGGCCUUUGCGGAUGAUACUUGCGAUUAUAACACAAAAGUCGGUUCAAACAGACCAGUCAACUGCAUUAGGCCUACCUACAAAGCAGAAACCGAGUUCACCUUCGACCCAUUGCUCCCCGAGACCUCCAAGUUCGUGUACGCAUUUGACAAUGUCACGUAUGAUGACUGGAAUGAAUUGACGACCAGAGACAAAUUCGCGACCGCGCGGGCAUGGUGGAUUGAGUACAGCUCCAUCAAGCCCAACCACACCCUGUCUCGUCCACACUACACCACCGUUCUCACCACAUACGUCAACGGCACGGGGCCAACUGGGGGCAGCAAUAACGGAUGCGAGAACGUCUUGGGGAAAACAUGCAUUGACAAGAUCAAUGAAGCUAUCGAAACUCUUUUCACGUCCGAAACUGGGACUCUGGAGACUAUUUCCGACCUUGCUUUGGCCUACAAGAAUAAACUUCUCCGAGACGCCUGCCCAACGGAUUUGUUUAGCGAAUACAACAAAAUCCAAGGGAGAGACGGAACCAUAAACUACCUUCAGGGCUCUUCAUCAUACCUCGCCAUUGAGUACAAUAACACGGAUAAGUUUUCGACUGUCAGGAGUGGGGUGAAUCCAUCGGGUAAUUCCUCUUGGACCUACUACGAUCAGAAGAUUGUUCUUGGUUCAUUGGCAUCAUAUAUAAACAAGACCGCCGUUACCUUCAUCAAUCGACAGCCCUCCAAGGAAUACGGCAAGAACUACACAAAGGACCAGAUACAAUUCACCAUGCUUUGCACCAGAAUUUCGCAGGAUGAGAUCGAAAAGGUUACGGGCGGCUCGAGCAACAGCGGGGGUAAUUCUGAUAACACCUCGAGCAGCGACAAGGGCGGUGCAGGAACCGCAACUGGUAUACCAAUGGCCGCUACGUUGGUCGUGUCUCUGGCGGCUCUCUUUUGGUUGGGAGGUCUGUUAUAA